UUGCCAUGCGUGUGCAAUUUUGGGGGUGUCCGAGUGUGUGAUUCUGUUUUGAUUCGCAUGCAGUGGCGGAUUGUUUAUUUUGCAUAAUUUCCCUGCUUUGCAGUAUUGUUGGCAGUUUUAGAAUAUUGCAAUAGACGGAUAAGAACUCAAUAAUCCCUAUCUAAGUGAUAGAUUUAGCACAUAAAGUGCAUUUCGAGGGGAAAAGUGAAUAGAAAAUCAGUUGCAAACUAACCUCACUAUGCAGAUGUUCCGGAAGUUUGCCUCAUGCAGGAUUUUCUCAAGGAAUUUAACUCCAGUCGUGAGGACAACACUCAGACUCAGUUCUUCAGCUGCCAAUGACUUCCCCAAGCCAGCAGUGGAUGUGGAGAAGCUGGAAGAGGACCUAUUUGGCCGGGAGGUAGGACAGGCUUGGACAGAGAGGAAGAAUAAGCGCUAUCCAAAUCGACCAAAGCGAUCUAGAUCGUCUAAUUCAACUGAUAACAACACGAAAAAAGUUGAGCUGAAAAUCGACAAAGACACAGAUUUAGCUUAUGCUGAUCUCCACCACAAAGAUCCAAUAAUCAGGGAUGCAAUGAUGCUCCUCAGAUCAGGGAAGAAGCUGAAGAAGGGUGGUCUGCUUCUGCUAGAGGGACGUCGCCUUAUUGAGGAUGCGCUCAAAUGUAACGUUCGCAUGAGGAAGCUGUUUUUCAGUCGUCCGGAAGAUCUUCAAGAUCUGGCUGAGCAAAUCAAAAUGAGCCCCACAAAAACUGAACUCUACAGAAUAACAUAUAAAGACUUGACCCUGUGGUCACAAUUGACCACUUCUCCAGGACUCAUGGCUAUUUUUGACCGCCCAGUUGUUGCUCACUCAGAAACGGAGAAUAUUUUGCCUAUAUCGGUGAUCUGUGACAACAUCCGAGAGCCUAGCAAUCUCGGGAGUGUGAUCAGAAUGUGCGCAGCUCUGCCGUGUCGAGAGGUGCUGGUUAUGAAAGGCUGCACUGAUCCUUUCGAGCCGAAGUGUCUCCGAGGCGGAGCUGGAGCGCAAUUCCAUGUUCCAGUGAAGUAUCCAGUUGCAUGGGAGGAGCUGGAAGAGAUCCUGCCGAAGGAGAACUCAGUCUUUGUGGCAGAAAGCAACCCGAAGAAGGCGCAAAUGCUCACAAAUGAAUUUCCCGUGGACGUUGCUGAAUAUUGUCUUCCUAGCCAAGGAGAUGAGCACCAUAUGACUGUCAUUAUAGGUGGCGAGACGCAUGGCAUAUCCGAAGAGGGAUAUGGAUUGAUGAAACUGUACGCAAACAGUGCUUGUCUUCAUAUUCCCGUGUCAGGAGGUGUGGAGAGCCUCAACACAGCGUCUGCCUUGGCGGUGAUUCUCUUUGAGCUCCGCAGGAAGAUCAACCAGAGGAAAAUAGUGGAAAAUGUGGAAAAUUCUGAAGAUAUACAAUAAAACGUUACACAUU